AUGAAUGAGAGAUGGCGUGUAUGGACAAUGACAGCGGCUUUUUACGACAGCCAAGAUCCUCUGAGUUUUGUGUUUGCCCUUUCAAGUUUGUUGCCCAUUGUUAUAGUGAUAUUUGUAGCUGGACUCGCUAGUGCUACAUUAUCACCACAGCAAACACCCGCUCUUAUUCUUUUAUUAGGUUUUAUACACAACACAGUACUUAAUGCCGUUUUAAAAGCUUUCAUUCAAAGUCCUAGACCAAAUAGUCGAUUACAUGAUACUUCUUAUAAAAUGGCACCAAGCUUACAUGGUAUGCCAAGUGAUCAUGCACAGUUUAUGUUUUUCUUUACAACAUGGUUGGUUCGUAAGGCUGGCAUAUACGGUAUUCCUAUUCCAUUAGGGAUGUGGGCGUUUUUGCUAUUAUCAUCUAUAUUCGUAUCAUAUGGUCGUAUAUACAAUGAGUUUCAUACCACUAUACAGGUGUUAGUGGGUGUAGUAUUAGGUAUUUUAAAUGCUUAUUUAUGUACUACACCAAUUGGGGAUUCCCUGCUAAGGCAGGUGGCGAUAGCUGUUGCACCAAUAAGGGAGUUCUGUAUAGGUUGGACACAAUACAUCCGUUAA